AUGCCAAAUAUUGUGCUAGCUCGUAGGUCUAUUCUCAAGAACUCCAGAUCGUCUAGUCUAUGUGCACGUUGCAGUCUUAAUGAGGAAGGAGGACCUUAUGACAUUAAUGAUGCGUGGAAAAAUUAUGAUGUUAUGGUUUCUUCUCAAAAUGUAAUUGUUUUUUCUUUUUUGAUUAUUUCUGAUCACUUAUUUAUGUAUGCUGCAGUAUUUUCAUUGCAACUAUUAUCACUGGGUGAUGAAGACACUUACACUGACCAAUAUGUCAUGCUUGUCAAAAAAGUUCUAUGCUUAAUAACUAUAAAUCAUUUUUUUAAAAUUUUAUUUUACAAGACAAACUAAUGGUUGCAACAAUUAUUACGUUCUUUCAUGUUAAUGAGCCAAUAUAUAUUUUUAAAUUUUUUAACCGGAGUUCACUCGCAGCUAUUCUCAAUCUUUUGUCAUUCUGGAUUACCUCAUUUAAUAUAUCUAUUAUUUGAAUAUAAUUUUCAACGUAAUUGUAUUCUUAACUAGUUCUUUUAAAGGUUAUUUCAUUGUUCUUGUACCUUUUAUUUUGAUAAUAAGUGGGCUUUACAUAGUUCAGCAGACUGGGUGUUCUCUAAUGAUGUUUAGAGACUCUUUGGAAUGGUUUGGUGUUCCUGUGUGCUUUAUAUUUCGUAAUAUUUAAACGUUGCAACCCAUCUGUCCAAAGGUUUUUUUUACAAGCACAUUGUUAAGUUAAGAGUUAAGCUUCAUGCUGUGCGUUCUUCUGUUGCUUUAGUUCGGUGAAAAUUUUCUUUUUAUAAAUAUUUCCGCCAGGAUCAUAAACCUAGUUGAAUGCCAAAUGAAAUUCCCCUGUAAUCACUUGAAGCUUAAGUGAUACGCUGGAAUCCCCUUUCCUUCUUAGUUCAGCAUCAUGUUCUUUUCAUUUAGAUUGAAAAUCUUAUCUUGCUGCGACUUCUAUAACCUUAACGCUCUAGUCUGUUAAUUCGUUUUCCCAAGAACUUUAAUUUUGUAAAUUAGCCGUCUAUCUAAUGUUAUGGUCUUUUGUGUCUAAACUUCUUGUUCACUUUAAUUCCAUAAUUUACCACGCAAUAUUUUUAUUUAAUCUGCAGAGGUCUCUGUCCCCUUUUAAUCUCACGGUCACUUUUAUACUGUGCACAAUUUCUCAGAAUGUGUUUACCCUCGUGUGAAAUGCUCUCUUGUGUGAUAACAUAACUGAGCAUUCCGACAAAUGAAAACUGUAGACAUCAGGGUGUGGAUAUAUGGGUUUAUAGUGCAGAGGUCAUAUCAGAUGUUUUUGGCCUUCUUUUGACUCAGGGUGUGGAUAUCCAGAAUUCGUAUUUCAGUUAGUCAUUUGUGACUCUAGGAAAAUGGUCAUAACUUCAUUGCCUCAACUUCCCAUUAGGCAGUAGUUAUGCAGCCCUAUAUUCUUAGAAACAUCAGGGGAAUCACUGGAUCUCUACUUAUUUGCAAUAACAGAAUCUUCAUCAAAGCUAUUUAUGUCAGCAAUGAUUCCUUUGGGGUUUUUUUUAAAUACUUGUAUUGUUCUUCUUCAUUCAAACUAAGGUUUCAGGAGCUUGGUGAUUCAAGUGCACCUGGCUGACCUGGAUGUGGUCUGGGCAAUCUCAGUGUGGCCACUUCAGGUCUGUCCAGGUUGUAAAUUUCCAGGGUUUCAGCUCAUGUGUCUAACUGAACUCUCACAUGACAAACUCUGGUUCAAUUCUUAUCCCUUGUCAAUAUAGGGAGAGAAUAGGGAAAAUGUGAUGUCAAUUGGUGUUUAGUGAACUGUUCAAAAGAGUAAGGCUGCCAUUCUUGAAGAUUUUAGUAAAGACCACUAAUGUCGUAUGCUUUUCUUGUUGCUUAUCAGCUUUCAUCAUUGAUGCAUAAUUUACUAACAGCCAGUUGUAUUUACUAUUACAAAUAUUUAGUGUAAUGUUUUAUUCUAUCUUUGUUGGCUCCAUAAUUUCGAUUUUAUGACUGUCAUCCUUCCAGUCCCAAACCAGAAAAAUAUUCAUUUUACAUUUUAAAAUAAUGUAUGAAAUGUUUGACUUGCAAGUGUUAUAUUUCAGGAAAAGAACGCCAAAGGCUUUUUGGGACGCUUGGUCUCUAUAAUACUUAAAAUGGCAUGUCUCAAUAGUGUAUACAAACUAUUGAAAGGCGUCCUGACUUUAUCACAACAUGCUCCACAUAUUUUUGUUUCUGGGAUCUUCCCUUUUGCAUGUAUAUCCAAUUCUGUGAGCAAGCCAACACCUCUUCAUUUGGAUGUAUCGCUGCCAUCAUUUCAAGACAUCAAAUGGACGUUAACUCGCUUCUACUAUCUUUUCAAUGUACAACUUGAAAGGAAUACCGGCUUGUAAGUUGAUUCUUUUUUUUCGAAUGCUCAAAUCAUUUAUUUGUUUUAUUCAUUUAUUUUAGUCAAAGGUGUUAUGUUACUGUUUGUUGGUUGUAUUUUUUAUUUGCCUUUAUUUUUAUCGAACAUGGUUUUUUAAUAUUGUUCACCUCAGAUUGUCUGUUACAGUCCAACUAAAUUUUAUGCACUACAGAGUCGUUAUCCGCAUAGGUUUUCUCAGUCAAUCCAAGUGUAUAGGGUCUACUCUUGGGAUCUAGGAUCGGGAGGUUGUUUGGCUUGAAUCAGAAAAUUCUUGGAGUCAUAUCACACGUUGCAGUUGUUUGACUGGAACUGGUUUAAUUGGUAUCAGCUGGCUUAGAUCAUUUUUGAAAGGAGAAGUAGGUGUUUUUGCCUUGUGAAUGUAUUAAGUCUUACUUUCAGUUGCCACUGGUUCAUAGUCAUCUAGCAUAGAAAAAAUAUUAUAUCAUAAGAUGGGAGGAUCUACUGUAUACACUAUGCACAUUUAAUGAAGGAUAUCUAUAUGCAUUGCAACGUUUUGAUUUAUGCCUUUGAUACCUGUUGGUUGCUUUCAAGAUAGCUUUGUUGGAUUGUAUUUACACUCAUCUGUAUAAUAAUGAAUGCUGAGUUAAACAUUUGAAAUAAAUCCACCAUGUUUUUGAACAUAAUGAUUUAAGAAGGCCUUCAAAAGACCUAGUACUGACAUGUUUUGUGUUUCUAUGUACCAUGCAGAUUUUUUAUUGCAUUAUUUGCCGCCUGUUUUUCAUUUGUCAUCAUAGGAGGCUUCCUGUUCUACAGAUACAGGUACACCAUAGGAAUCGCAUAUUUUCCAUUUACCAUGAAACAUUAUGCACAAUAGCCAUUUAUGCUCCAAAACAUAACUUUUUUUUUGAAAUGCCUCUUUUUUUGGUAUAUUUUGUCGUUUCAAAUAAAUCAAUUAUUAGCGCAAAGCCAACAGCUUAUGUUCUCAACAUUACCUGAAUUUUUGAUAGAGAAAUGGGGAUCAGGAGAGGUGACGUUAAAGUAGAGAUAAACUAUGCUAACAUCUAUUUGAAGUAUUUUUGGACAAACAAUGGCAAUUUCUUGUUGAACGUUGUAUUUGACUAUUUGCAUGUUAUCAUUAUGCCUCUUGCUACUAGGCUGAGCUAUCAGUAGUUCAAGAACAACAGAUUAGGAUUUAGUGGAAAAAACAAAGCAGGCACUUGUGUUGAUCAGAUAUAGAGAAGAGAUGAAGCAAUUACAUGACUGCUAGAAAACCUUGUGUGAUAACCAUGUACUCUAUCAAUAUAGUGUAUACCAUAGGGAUAAUCCAAAGUAGUCAAGAUGAAGAAAUCAUGUUCUUAAAAGAAAAAGGUUCUUCCUAUCUUUUACUAGACUCUUCGAGCUGAAGAGCAUUAGUUUUAGAAACAUACACACUCUGUUGAUUCUGUAUGGCUUGAACAUCACGAGAUCCUCCGCAUAAAAUGCCCUUAAAUUAAAUGGGAGGGAAACUUUUGCACUCAAUUCUCCGCAUUCAUAGUAGCUCUAUAAAAAAUAGAUCAAUUAACCUAGCUAAGAAUCUUCUUACUUUGCUCUCUUUUCAAAGCUAUGUGCCUGUCUUAGUCAUUAAUAAUUGAUAUUCUAUAAAUGCUUCUAUUCGUACUAUUGUGAGUCAUCAUCAUCCCUCUCAUAAUUUACCUUGAGUCCAGUGCUUCCUCCUGGUCAUUUUGACGUUAGCAUAGUGACAUAAUUUUAAUAUUCCUCACAUUGAUAGGAACAAGAGAGCAAAUCCUUAUCUUUUUACUCUUGCAGCAUUCUUCAUAACAAUUUAGUAGCCAGAAUUUACAUGUGGGGAUGAGGGUUCUCCUUAUUUGAGACCUCCCUCAUGUGGGAAAGUAUGUUGGAAAUUUCUUAUUUGCCAUGGCAACAAAUCUGGCAGUAAUUAGAAUUAUCCGAAUGAAUCUACUUGUUGUCAAAAUCCAGUUAAUGAACUAUAUGGAAAAGACAGUUUCAACUCACUUUGUUUUAAGUCUUCUUACAGUCCAGCUUGAAAAUAGAGCAUCUGAUUUCUUACAGUCGUUAUACUCGCUGUCACCGUGAUACCAUCUUUUGCUUUCAUCAUUUUUAUCUGUUGCAUUCAGAGCCUCUUUGCAGAUGCCAAUCUUUAACAAGCUCUUGCCUCACUAAUCUAGGAAAAAGCAACGAUCUCUGGGAGACUGUAUCUGGGAUGCAUGGGCUUGCCUUUGCUCAUCAUCUACUCAUUUAGGAGUAUGAAGUUUCUUCAGAUAGAGCUGCUAUGAUUUUUAACUUAUAUUUGGUGAAAUUGAGGUUUUUGACAUUAUUUGUGCUUUUAUACCAGCAAAAAACUCGUGGUGAACGUACUAUUGGUCUUAUCCUUGCUGUGUGGGGAAUAUUAUUUUAUUCACGCUUGUUGAGUACAAUGACUGAACAAUUUAGAGUGAGUUUUUCCUUAAAUUUUGUAAACUGUCCUUUAAUGAUAUUGGAAGAAUGUUGUCUCUGUAACAAGUAUUUUCCACAGUACAAUAUGGAAAAGAUUAGGGAAGGUGCUCAAAUGCAAGUCAUGGAGAGUGAUCAUGUUAUUAUUUGUGGGAUAAAUAGUCAUCUGCCUUAUAUACUCCAGCAACUAAAUAAGCAUCACGAGUCUGCUAUUCGAGUUGGUACUGCUACAUCGAGGUAUAUAUCUUUGUCAAGCAGUUGACAUUGCUUGUAAUUUAAGAUCAGAUCAACUAAUUAUCAAUUGAUGAGAGGCUUAUAAAGUAUUUGUGUCUGACAUGAACAUUGUAAUUUGAAGGAAGCAAAGAAUCGUCAUCUUGUCUGAUCUUACACGGAAGCAGAUGGAGAAGCUUAGAGAUAAUGUUGCCAAAGAUCUGAAGCACAUUGACGUUAUAAACAAAAGGUAACGUAAUUCAGCUCAUCUUGCCUCGUUGCCUGCCAAAUAGUUCAUACCUUUUAUAACUUUGACGAGAUGCAUUAAGAGUCAACGUUGGCACUUUUCAUCUGUUCUAGGCCAUAGUGCAAACAAAGCUGGUCAGAACCUCAAAUAAUACUGUUUUUGCCUGUUUUGGAAUUGUCUAUAUUUGAUAAUCAAUUUUAUGUUUUUUUUUAAUUAACCUCUGUUUGUGCAAUGGUUUGAUUUGUGAAAAAUCUUUAAUUUCUUUCGAAGCUUGAGUCCUGUGGACAGAAUCUAUUAGAGGCCAUAUUGAAAAUCGUUACUUUGCAGUUACUCUCUCUUAGGAUUAAGAUAUAAUUUAAAUUCUUUUCUUGCUUAGAAAAGAACAUUGGUUUUUCUAGUGGAAGUAAAAAGGUUGCUUUUUGACCGCAAAACACAACCAUAGCUGAACUGAGAAGGAGUCAUGCCGGAAAAAAAAUCUAGUUUUGUAAAUCUACUCUUGCCUUCCUCCUUUUCUUUCUCAAAUAGUGUUAGAAAGAAAACCUGUAUAAAUUGAAAAUCAUUGCUUUGGACAGUAUUAUACCUUACUAUCAUGACAUAAUUUUAACUCUUUUCUAGGUUAGUAGAAAGUAUUGUGUCUUGUGGAUGUGAGGAAAGCUUUCUGUGCGAAAUCAAAAUAAAAUCAUAACUGGAGUUGGAACUGAAACAACUUUUUCUUGUUUUUUACACUUUUUUCUUUCCUUAUUUUUCUUAUAUAUAUAUUUUUCUUUCUUAGAUAACGGACGAAAACUUUAUAACUGUUUUGACCGGUUUCUUAUUGAUUACACGACUUUUAUAUUAAAAUAAGCUUUAAAACACAUGCCCUUGGGUUGUUGCCCCUUUUUAAUGAUAGUUUCAUGUAAAAUAAUUUAGGUUGUUUUAAUCUCAUUCUCUAAAUGAAGAUGCAGAACCUAAAAAGCUAUUUAUAUCUUUCUACGAAUGUCAUCUCACUUUAGAAUUUUUCAUGUGCUUCAUUAGAGUUGUCAAUGGGCCGGUAAGGGUAGAAUGCAGUUUUAUCUCAGGUUUGGCCCAUUAAUCCUGCUACAAAAUAGGAAUAAGCCCAUCAUGCCACCUUCACCAACAUAUCAAACCACAACCCCCCCUCCCCCCCCCAAAAAAAAACCUCUGUGGUGACAUAUACCCUCACGAAUAGCUGCAAAACCUCAUUGUUUUCUUCCACCUACAUAGUGCUGCCCACUCUGUCUGGCUACACGUACCUCUCUCCCAAUAUUGCUUCUAUCUUUGGCAUGCAAACAAUGGAACUUUUCCUCCAGUUGGCCCUUAACAGUAUCUACUCCCUUAUAUGGGUGUGACUAAACCGCAUUCCGAUCCCCCCUCUACCCCACUCUUCCAAAGCAGAAUAAAGAAGCGCUUACUUUCCUUUUCCCACACUGGCAUGUUCCCCAACUUUUCACUCACAUGCCCGCAACCCAGAAACAGUUGCCAAGAAUGCUGUUUGUCAGGCCUGACCCGAUCGGGCCUCUUCGUGUUCUUGGGCUUGGGUCACUCUUGGCCGGGUACCUCUAUAUAUAUGAUUUUUUUUUAUGCAAUACUUCUUCCAAGAAAGGGAGUUAUUGCAUUUUUAUUUUCGGGUCAAAUGAUUUCUUGAAAACAAAUGCAUAUGCCAAACCUGGCAUCAUUUCCUCUCUGUUGCCUGCUUUAAGGACUGUCAUAUAUAGACAGUCCUUAAAGCAUUUAACUAUAUUUUUUUGGUGGAACUGAUCGAUAAAUAUACUAGUUUAAUUGGUAUUUUGUAGCGUGCAAUAAGGUUUAGUUAUUGACGACUCUCUAUGAACAUCUUGGUCUCUUUUUAUGAGCAUCUUCCCUUAAUACUGGGGAUAUGUGACCUUUGAUAUUGUAAGGAUUAUCUCGGGAAUAGUUUCUAAAGGGUCACCUUGAUAAAAAUUUAUAAUCAUAAAAGUUUUGAUACAUUGGGGUUCCUAUUGUUCUGUAAUAUUGUUUUUGGCAUGUGGCUUCUGCCUCUUCCUAUUGGGCUCACUGGAACUGCCAUUGUUUCCCUUUGCUUUUGCUUCUGCUGCCACUGUCUAACCCAGUUAUUUCUAUUACUUCUACCACUACCUACAUUUCCUGGUGCCACAUUGCUCUCUACUUUUGCUGUUAAUUCAGGCUUCUUCCUCGUGUCCUGUGCUAAAGGUUUAUUUGUCCUUAUUAUACUUUUCUGUAUCCAGCCAGUUUAUGCCUUUGUUCGGAUUGGAAUUAUAAGAUGAAUGCACAAGGAAAAUCUAAUGGUGCAGUCUCCUGUCAGGAUUUAUCGUAUAAACUUGGUGAUUAUGAUCCUGUUCUUUGGAAGAAACGAAUACCUUUUUGUCUUUUCCCAAUAUCGGGGUUCUCCCCAGUUUCAGCUGUUUGACUUAAGUAUGUCGACUAACUCUAGAACUUAUUAUCGUCUGUCUCCAGCUGUAGUCUUAGCAUGACAAAAUCUUUUGAACGAGCUGCAGCAAACAGGGCGCGCUCUAUCAUUAUAUUACCUACAAAGAUCGACAGGUGAAGUCUCACUGUCUUGAGUGCUGGGGAUGUGAAAUAUAUUUGAUGGUUGGACUAGUUGUAAUAUUUUGUGUUCAUUGAAGCCGAUGUUAUUUUUGGUUGCACUCCUGAUAAUUGUCUAUACAGAUACGUUAGUGUUUGGUGUAGUGCUGGAUACUUAGAAAAGUGAUGCAUAUAGAAAUGAAUGGUGAUUUCGUUUCAAUUUCAAGUCAUUUAAAGCCAUUUUCAUGCUGAAAAUCCAGAGUGUUCUUAAUCAUCUAACUUACUCAGGUACGAAGUUGACACGGAUGCUGUUCUCUCGUUACUAGCUCUACAAUCUCUCCCUGGAAUGGCAUCCAUACCAGCUGUUGUUGAGGUGUGCUUCUUGCUGAGUGCUAAAAUGAGAACCGUGCCUUGUCAAGAUGUUAGCGUGCAAAAAUACCGAAAAGAUUAACCCAUUCAUUCUUACUGAGGCUUUAAGGACAUUAAUGUGUAUCACAGUGAAUUUUAGAUUAAGAAAAUAAAAGUCGCUCUAUUGAAAACCAUUUUUUUCCAAAUGCUACAUCGAAAAUUCCAUGCCAGCCAACAUUUAUUUGUUUCAGUUUGCAUCAGCUCGUUUUCAAGAUUGCAUUCUAACUUCCACGGUUCUUGGUAAACUCUUUGUUCAACUAUGUGCCAUCACCGUUAUCAUAUAUGGUUUGAAGUACCUGUAUAACUGCAUUCUCUAUGGAAAAGAAGAUACCUUAUUUUGUAUUUUUGAGAAAAUCUUCGUUCAUUAAUUGGCAUUCUUGUGGAUUCAAAUGAAGGUAUCAAACCCAAGAACAAGUGGGCUUUUGAAAUCAAUCUCAGGCCUGAAAGUUGAACCUGUUGAAAUGGUUGCGUCAAAGCUGUUUGUUCAGUGUUCUCGGCAAAAAGGGCUUAUAAAGAUCUACAGGCACUUGCUUAAUUAUCGAAGUACACCUUCUUUCUUGAAUGAAUUCUUUGGUUACCAUACUAUUUAAUAUAUAUCAAGAAGGUGUAAUGCAUCUGACUAUGUGCUUACAGCUUGAUACGUAACUGUAGCUAGAGUAUACCUCGUCUCUGAAGUUCGUUUUUAGUGUUCUUCACAGCAUCAUUUGGGCUUAUUUGGUUUAGCAUUUUUGGAUGCAAUCUGAUUGUAUGUUUUUCUGUUAAAACAGAAAAUGUAUUCAAUCUCUGUAGCUUUCCAGAACUUGUUGGGUUAAAGUACGAGCAUGUGAGACGUGGACUAAAGGAUGUAAGAGACUGCUAACUUGUACCAACUUUUUUGGUUCGUUACUUAAGGCUUUAUAUACCAACGUUUCGUGCAGGUAGUGGUAUGCGGCCUUUAUAGAAGUGGGAACAUGUACUUUCAUCCAAAUGAUAGUGAAGAAAUGCUCCCUUCUGAUAAAGUAUGUAAGAACUUUGGGUUGAUGCCUGAAAAUGAAAUGAAAUUCUAUUUACUUUUAGACGGCUACCCUGAAUUUCUGAGAUUACCAAACCAAUUUUUCUCAUAUUUGUGGAGUUUCUGUUCAAUAGGCCACGGUAGGAUAUUUAAUCAGGUUUACACCAAAUUAGUCACAGCUGUUUCUUUUAUCUCUAGAGUAUACAGAUUCUAUGGUACAUGGUUCCUUUUUGUAAAGGAUAUUUCCUAGUGGCUUCUAUCGGCAUCUUUUAACCCACAAUAACAAACUUCUUACCACUGUGAAACUUCAUCUCACAUCUUGCCUAAAAAUGUUGAGAAGGAAUUGCAAUGCAGUUCAGGUGGCCAAGGUGUUGGAGAAAUAUAAAAUAAUCUUUUGUGGGGCUUUCAAGUUAUCUUCAGACAUUGAAUGCCACAUACUAGUUGGAGGAAUUUGUCUUCAGGUUAUAGAGUGGCGUAUUUGAUUAGAUUUGCAGUUGAUAAAAAGAAGCUGCAGCAGAUGUAAACAACGCAAUGAGAUGGAAAAUAACAUUAAAACCCAAAAAGAAAGGACUUGUAACAGAUGAUAGCACAGCUUAGCAUGAAAUAUUUCGUGAAUAUGAGAAACAAUUGUAAACAGAAGGAAGACUAAAAUCAAUAUAUAUAUGCCCUCAUAAAGUCAACGCAAUCAUGUCGGUUCAUUUUGAAGAUUGUUAAUCCUACGGGAGUUUAAAUCGAAGUCAAUUUGGUACGAGUAGAGUCGACCCAUAUUUAUAGUCAUAGGUUAACUUUGUGGUAACCUACAGAGGAUUACUCUAAUCACAUGUCUUCAUGCAUAUGCCGACAUUUUGUCUUUGACAUGUGGUCAAUAUGAGUGCAGACCCAGAGCGAUUAUCAGCUCUGAGGAAAGUUAUUGAACCAUUCAUCUUCAAAGUAAUUGGCAAUGUGUGGAGUAUCAUUGUAAUUACUAGUUUACUUCUGUGGGAAGUGAUACAGUUGAAUUCUUAGUAAAGGUCUUGUUUUUGGUGCGGAAACCUUGAGAGGAAAAAAUGGUUACCCUUAUCUCUGAGUACAGUUCAGCUGCUGUAUCCUUUAACCUGCUCAGCCAAUGAAGAUAGUGCUGAGGUACACGGAGGUCCAUUAAGACUAUUAAGAGUCGGGAGAUGGACAUGGAUAGAUGAAAGAAAUGAAAACCUCUGGGAUAACUGGUCCACUGAUGGGAUUAUAUUAUGAUAUUAAAACUUGGCAUAGGAAAGUAGAAAAGGCAGUAGUUUAGAGGGCAUUGUUUUUAUCUCAGCUGAAAAGUAGGAAAUAGCUUGAAAAUUUUAGGAGUCUAGAGGGAGCCUAGACUCAGGAAGAACUCCUUCAAAUUAAGGAUUGAAACAUACAAAGACUAAGACAGGAAAAGGUAAGAAACAAAUCAAAACUAUCAAGUGAUGAAAUUUCAGAUUGAAAUUUAACUAGGUUUACUUUACUUGAGCUGAUGAAGAGAUAUUUGAUCAACAGUAUAAGGAUCGUCUAGCAGCUUAGCCAAACUGCUGCAGAGAUCGAUCUCUUCGUGCAUGCAAAAGUUUAUGGUAGUAUACAUGUGCUACUUAUGAACAUUUUGGUAAAAUAAUGGGAUGGAUCCUUUUGAGCAUACCAUCCAAUUGCAAUCCUUCCUUAAUUGUAGAGGCCUCUGUCUAGGGUUCUCCAUAUUCCAUCCUCUUAUUUGUCGUGGUUACUCAGGUUGCAUACUUACUGGGAGGAUGAAGUCAUCACGUGUUUCAGUCCAAUGUGUUACAUGUUACUUAUCGGUGAGAUGUGGAUAACCGUAGAGUAUGUUUAUUCUAGAAUGAGAGAACUGUGUUCAAAUAGAUGCCUAAAUCUUUGGUGGAAGGGGAUGGGCUGACUCUAAAAAAACGUUAAUUUGUUGGACUAAUAAGGAGAAGAGGUAACCCAAAGUGCUUCCAUAGUUUUGGAUGUUGUAUUGGAGAGUUUUUUAUCACGCCUUUAGGGCAAAGUUCGUCGCAGGAGUGAGUGCUGUAGAAUAGAGGUUGAAAGACCUUAGUAUAAGCAGUUUCUUGUGAGCUUGGCAUGGUUGACGGGAACCAUCAAGCGAGAAGGGCAGUAAUUGAGGAUGGUGUGAGAAAAUAUUAGGGAACCAGAGUAUAGAUGUCAAACCUGAGACGUUAUGGAUCUCCUUUUUUGCUUAUAGCUUUUCUUGAACUUCGUUAUGUGAUGUUUGCGAGAAGUAUUAUCAAAUUAGGAAAUGGGAAAUUACAGCCAUUAAUGUAUGGUGUGAAAACAUAGUAAAUGCACACAUGUUCUCACUUGCUAAAGAAUCCACCCUAAUGUUGUGCAACAGAGAUAAUGCCAUACAUGCAGCCGGUGGAUAAAUGAGUGUAGGUGGAAGUUAUAUCAUGGGGAGGGGUGAAUUUAAUGGAAUUGGUGUAAAUGUUAGGGGGUCCUUGCAUUGCUGGUAGGAAGAGGACACAUCAGGACACCUCCACGGUAAUAGAACUCCCAUUUACGUUAACAUAAAUCAUGUGGUUUUCCUGCCGCGGGCAAAGCCAUUUAUCAGCAUUCUCUAUUAAAGGUGAAAUUCUUCCUAUGGAGGAUGAACCAUAUGGUAGCUGCUGACAUAAUCCAAGUCCCAUCCAUGUGAUAGUUCUUGGAAUGCAGCUCCAAUGAGUCAGGAUCUGAGGAGAUAUAAGACAAGCUCCUUAAUGGACGACAUUAAAUAGCUAUGACGGGAUUAUUAUUUAAUGGCAGAGAAUGUGGAAUCCACAAGAAGGUCCGGACAGUAAGUUACCUGGUUCUUCAUCUCCGUGACGAAUUUUUCAGGAAGGGAUGUCAUGGCUCUCAACAUGCAGAAAAUAUCUUGUUGGUGUACUGACAUUUGAGUGGGAAAAUUUUAUUCGUUACUGGGGAACACUCAAGUGGAGUGAGUAGGUAAUAAAUAUGCUAAAUAGAGGAGCUUGCAGGAGCUCUGUGCUGGGACUAUCUUCCGAUGUAUGUGUACCAUUUUUAGUUUUUGAAUAGAACGUUGGGUAUUGUCAACCGUGUGACAAUCAUAAUCCAUUUCUAUCAACAGGUGGUCAGCCAUGUUCAAUGAACUCAAAAAACUUGGCAAAGGCUGUCUGAGCAUGCUCGGCUUUAACUUGAAGAAAAUAAAUCCUUCACGAAAUGUUGACUGACUUAAAUUUUCUGCUGCAGCUGGUUUGCAUCUCAGGAUGCUUAGGUUUAUUCUUCACUAUUCGAUCCCUGUUUCUCGUCGUCCUUUCUAUUUCGUUUCCAUGCUUGUUUUGCUCUUUGUUUAUGGCAUAAAUGCUGCCGUUUCUAAAACUUUUGCAUAUGUCAUCCCCUUCCGAAAUUAUUGAUGUUUUAAAGGAUAAAUUUCAUCAAGAAAAAAGUUAUGUAAGAUGAAAUAUUGGGAAUUCGAUUACACAUGUUUCUGUGGUUAGUGUUGGACUAUAGUUGAUUUUAAUAACUCUUCUAUUCCCAUUGAAGUUGUUGUUCAUAUCACCUGUUUAUGGAAAGAGAAGACCAGAACUUUUACCGUCAGACAAUCCACAAGAAAGUCAAUCGCCACAAAAUCUGGUGUCUCAACAAACGAGUUUAUCAUCACACAAAUCAUUUGAAUUGAAAGCACGUGUUGCAAACAUCGUGAAGCGUCCCUCGAAGUCAAGUUCAAAGGUAUUCCUUUUCGCAGAAGAGUGUGAACGUGAUUCUAUAUGACAGGGUAUUUGAUAUCCAAGGCCUUUGCAGACAUCGGAUUCGAAUCUAGGACCAAGAGAGUGUGUACUUAUUCUGGGAUGGCGACCAGGUGUUCAUGAGAUGAUUCGAGAAUACGACAAUUACCUCGGUCCUGGCAGCAUACUGGUACGUCCCACUUUCUUCUCUUUCUCUGUUAAAACGUGGAUUUGCGUACGAUAUCCAUAUACGUUGACGCUAUCUUCAUCUAAUAUUAAAGAGAAAAAAAAAUGCCCUCUUUCGUCUUUUAUGAAAAGGAUUCUGGGACCUCUUGGACCUUUUUUCCCAGUUUCACCGUUUUCAUGAUAUUGAUAUUUAGUAAAAUUAUCUUUAAUAAUGAAUUUAAUUAAUCUACUUCUGGGUGUCAAUUUUUAGAAAACAAUAUUAAAAAAUAUUCGCUGCUAUUUUUUUGGAUAAAUUAUUUUUCAUCAUUUUCCAAUUUAUUGGAUGUGAUAAUUUUAAAGUUGGAUUUCUUCUGAUGUUGAGGAACUUGAUUUCAGAGCACGUUACAUUGAAAUUUCCAGUGUUUCUCAGUAGGUCAUUUCUAUUCAUCAUACAUUGGCUAAAUAAAAUCAGGUCAUAUUUUUUCAAUUUUUCAUGAAAUGCCACUUAAUAUAUUAUGUACCCGUCAUUAGAUAGUUUCUGCUGUCCAUGGUCGUGCUGAGAUAUUUGAUGUCUGGGUAGUUUUUUAUUAUUGUCUUGAAAAUGAUAAUUCAUCAUAACUGAACUCUUACAUUGGGCUGUGAAGUAGACAUCAAAGAGCCAGAUAGCACACAUAGCCUGCAGAUUUGAACCUGUUUAAUGGGAAUCGAACAUGUUGACAAUGUGCACCUGACUGGUUUCAUUGAUGUACUUCAAUCCUACGUGCGCUGGGUUUCAAUUAUGUACUUGACAACUCAGCGCUCUGCUGCCCCUGUGGUCUAAAGAUAGAACUCAAUCAUAAUUAUUUUCAGUAUCGCUACCAAAUGGUUUCAGAUAAUUAAUUGCUCCGAAAGUUACUUGCAGGAAGUACUAUCCGAAGCUCCUAUUGCUGAGAGGAUAAGCUCAGCGAGCUCUCCCAUGCGAAGUGAACUGACGCACAUUAAGGUUUCCCACAAGGUCAAUCUCUAUGCCUACUUAAUUAACUGAUACGUCCUAUCUGAGCCAUUUAUCUUCAUUUUUUUGUAUGUUCAUUUUUAUCUAGUCCUUUGUCUCUCUCCCACGAGAAAACUCAUGUAUCUCAGGUUGGAAACCCAAUGAACUACGACGACCUAAAGGACACAAUAUUGAACAUCCGAAAGUCCAUGAAGGGUGCUCAAGAUGUCCCUUUGACAAUAGCAAUAAUAUCCGACAGGGAGUGGCUUGCUGGAGGUAAUAACAUAUGAAACCAGUAAUGCUAGAGCUGUUCUUUGUUUGACGAAUAUUUCUGUGCAGAUCCAUCGAGGGCGGACAAGCAUUCAGCAUAUACACUUCUUCUUGCUGAAGAUAUUUGCAUUAACCAUGGGAUUAAGGUUAGUGGCAUAUUAAUUUUUAAUAACUUAUUAUUUCCCACAUAUUUAUAAUUUUUUAUGCUUCCGAAUGCUAAAAGCAUCGGGGCUCAUGAUCUUGCAUGUUCAUGGUAAGCCCACGAUCUGAAAUCACCAUAAGAGAUGAAGGUCACUGUUGACAAUGGGCAUAGUAGUGAAGCAGUAGAAUAGCAUGCCACUGUCCGGAUGACGAGGAUUGUGAUUUUAAUCAUCAUGAAGAGUAAUUGUCCCUAAUCCAUGAAAUCCAUCACACUGCAUACCCAACUGGUUUACUCCCAUGUACAUUGACUUCGCCCACUUUAUAAGACAAGUGGACAUUUUUGGUCCUGAAUUUGGAAAAAUCAUUUCUGAGGAAUUUCUCACAUUUAAUACUCCAGCAUCUUCUUCACUAUGACAAUGGCAAUUUUUCACAUUUAAUAAUAUAAAUGACUUGUUUCAGUGCCUUUUGCAUCAUCGUGAUUAGCCUCCACAUCAAAACUUGUGAAUUUUCUCUUUACGAUACAAGUAGACUAGAUUCAGCAUGCUAUGAUGAAUCUAUAUGUUGGGAACAUGCUUCUUGCAGGUGGCGAACCUGGUUGCCGAAAUCGUUGAUUCUAAACUAGGCAAACAAGUAAGUAUACCCUUCCUUUUCUCCUCCAGGCUCCGUUAGAAAUUACUGAUCAUGAUUGGCUGACUCUGCAGAUCACCAGAAUCAAGCCAUCCCUCACAUUCAUUGGUUCAGAGGAAGUAAUGAGUCUCGUGACUGCCCAAGGUUUGCCACCACCACUCUCUUCACCGAGAGCAUGCAGUCUUUCAUGAAUCACUCUUGCUAUUUACACAAUUCCAGUAAAUGACAGUUUCUGAGAGUUGUGAGCUGAAUAAGGUGUGGACUGACAUUCUUAAUGCCGAGGGAGACGAAAUAUAUGUUAAGGUGAGUAUCUAGAUUCAAGAAACUGAAGUAAUCAGUGAGGUUAUAAUUUCCUCUUAAAUACUGUGUACUCUGUAGCUCAUCAUCUAGGGUUUUCGCCUACUUUAUUUCUACAUUGAUUUCAUAGGAUAUCGGGCUCUACAUGACGGAAGGAGAGACCCCAUCCUUCUAUGAGCUUUCUGAGAGGGCGGUCUUGCGCCGUGAAGUCGCCAUUGGCUAUGUAAAAAAUAACAGGAAGGUAACCUUACUAAAUUUCUAUUAUCUUCUUCUUCACCAUAUGCAUAUAAAUAUAUCUACUCUAAAAAUACCUUAUUUUACACUGUCUUGGCAGGUUAUAAACCCCCAAAACAAACUGGAGCCUCUUAAUCUUGAGAUGAAUGAUUCCCUUAUAGUGAUAUCUGAGCUUGAGGGCAGCUCAACGACCGCCAUUUAA